AUUCAAUUUAGGUUAUGUUUGACUCUCGCAUUGUCGCAUUGCAAUCGCAGCACGCAAUCCGACGCAAUGUCGCGUUUCAUUCUUUAAACUUUUAAACUUAUUUUAUCUACUGCCUAGGCUAAAUACAAUAAUAUUUAGGAAUGAUAAAUUUAUAGAAAGUUUGCAUGAUCAAUCACUUAUCAGAUAGUCUCCACCAAAAAUGGGUGAGACUCUAAAAGGUCGAAAGUUUAAAGUGAAUGUAAAUCCAACCACUGGAAAGAGGGAUAGGCACCCAAUUAAAGAAAUUCAGGAUAAAUGGAAGCUGGUGCCCGAGUUUUUGAGAACAAAAGGACUUGUAAAACAACACAUUGACUCCUUCAAUUAUUUCAUCAAUGUUGAAAUAAAAAAAAUAGUGAAAGCCAAUGAAAAGGUCCUCAGUGAUGCUGAUCCUUUAUUUUAUGUCAAGUACGUGAACAUCGAGGUGGGCGCGCCGGACGUGGAGGAGGGCUUCAACAUAGCGCAUGCGACGUCGCCGCACGAGUGCCGUCUGCGCGACCUCACCUACUCGGCGCCCAUCACAGUCGACAUCGAGUACACUCGCGGCAACACACGUGUCGCACGUGGCAACCUGCUCAUCGGCCGCAUGCCCAUCAUGCUGCGCAGCUCCAACUGUGUGCUCACCGGCAAGUCGCAGGCAGAGCUCGCCAAGCUCAACGAGUGUCCCUACGAUCCCGGCGGCUAUUUCGUCGUCAAAGGAUGCGAGAAGGUGAUCCUAAUUCAAGAGCAGUUGUCGAAAAAUCGAAUGCUGAUUGAAGACGACAAAAAGGGUCUAAUCCAAUGUUCAGUGACAAGUAGCACUCAUGAUAAGAAGUCACGGACAAACAUCAUCUCGAAGAAAGGACGUUUCUAUCUCAAGCACAACACUCUACAAGAUGACAUCCCAAUCAUGGUUAUAUUCAAAGCCAUGGGUUUGCAAUCGGACCAAAGCGUAGUUCAAAUGAUCGGUUCUGAACCCAACAUCCUGGUUCAACUCAUUCCGUCUAUUGAUGAAUGCUACACUUGUAAUGUGUUCACUCAACUCCAAGCUUUGAGUUACAUUGGUCGAAAAACAAAGCAGAAGCGGUUCUUUUCUGGCAAAGCAAAGCCCCCUGUUGAUGAAGCAAGAGAUCUACUGGCAACCACUAUUCUUGCCCAUGUACCGGUAGUGAAUUUCAAUUUCAAGUUGAAGGCCAUCUACACAGCUCUGCUGCUGAGGAAAGUAAUCCAAGCCAAGGAUGACCCAAAACUGAUCGAUGAUCGCGAUUACUAUGGAAAUAAAAGACUAGAGCUGGCUGGAUCUCUUCUCUCACUCAUGUUCGAAGACUGCUUCAAGAGAUUCAACAGUGAAUUGAAGAUUAUUGCUGAUAAGAACAUCCCGAAGAUCAAAGCAGCUCAAUUCGACAUUGUCAAACAUAUGCGACAGGAUUUGAUAACCAACACAUUGGUGCAUGCCAUUUCAACGGGCAACUGGACGAUCAAGCGGUUCAAGAUGGAGCGGCAGGGCGUGACUCAGGUGCUGUCUCGGCUUUCGUACAUCUCGGCACUCGGCAUGAUGACUCGAGUCAACUCCCAGUUCGAGAAGACGCGCAAGGUGUCCGGGCCAAGGUCGCUGCAGCCCUCCCAGUGGGGCAUGCUCUGUCCCUCCGACACGCCCGAAGGAGAGGCUUGUGGAUUAGUGAAGAAUCUUGCUUUGAUGACUCACAUUACAACUGAGAUGGAAGAAGAACCCAUCGCACAAAUCGCUCACAACAUUGGAGUUGAAGACAUUUAUCUGUUGCACGGCGAAGAAAUUCAUGCUCCAGGAGUCUACGUUGUUUGGCUUAAUGGAAACAUCCUUGGUAUCACCGGGAACUACAAACGACUUGUCAAGAUUUUCAGGAUGCUUCGACGCUGCGGUAGAAUCAACCAGUUUGUUUCAAUCUAUACACAACACAAGCACAGAUGUGUCUAUAUCAGCUGUGACGGGGGAAGACUGUGCAGGCCGUAUAUAAUUGUGGAAAAAGGAAUUCCUAUGGUUACUGGAAGACACAUCGAAGAGCUGAAACAAGGGAAAAGAAAGUUCCAGGAUUUCUUGAACGAUGGCUUGAUCGAAUUCCUUGACGUGAAUGAAGAGAACGACAGCCACAUCGCGUUGGAUGAGAAUGGAAUCGAAGAAAAUACAACUCACAUGGAGAUUGCCAACUUCACACUGCUGGGUGUUUGUGCUGGCCUCAUUCCCUAUCCCCAUCAUAAUCAGAGUCCCAGGAACACUUAUCAAUGUGCUAUGGGAAAGCAAGCUAUGGGUACGAUUGGGUACAAUCAGCGAAACCGAAUUGACACGCUGAUGUACAAUCUGGUGUACCCGCAAGCACCAAUGGUGAAGACGAAAACCAUUGAAAUGACUCACUUUGAUAAGCUGCCGGCCGGGCAGAAUGCCAUUGUGGCUGUCAUGAGUUAUUCUGGAUACGACAUUGAAGAUGCCAUCAUUCUCAACAAGGCUUCCAUCGACAGAGGUUACGGUCGCUGCCUUGUGUAUCGUAAUGCGAAGUGUACCCUGAAACAGUACGCCAACCAAACAUUCGAUCGAAUCAUGGGACCAAUGGUGGACUCGGAAACAAAACGACCAAUUCACAGGCACAUGCCACUCGACGCUGACGGCAUUGCAUCUCCCGGCGAAAUGGUCAAGGAAAGACAGGUAAUGGUGAACAAGUCGAUGCCGACAGUGAUGACAGGACCGCUGAACCCGCAAGCGGCGCCCGAAUACAAGGAGGUGCCGAUCACAUACAAGGGCGCCGUGCCCAGCUACGUCGAGAAGGUGAUGAUGUCCUCCAACAACGAAGAUGCCUUCCUCAUCAAGCUGCUGCUCAGGCAAACUCGGCGGCCCGAAAUCGGAGACAAGUUCAGCAGUCGCCAUGGACAGAAAGGAGUUACUGGUUUGAUUGUUGAUCAAGAGGAUUUUCCAUUCAAUGAUCAAGGCGUGUGCCCAGACAUGAUCAUGAACCCUCACGGCUUCCCAUCUCGGAUGACAGUCGGCAAAUUGAUUGAACUGAUUGCUGGAAAAGCCGGCGUUCUGGAAGGAAAAUUUCAUUAUGGAACAGCAUUUGGAGGAUCGAAAGUGGAUGACGUAUGUGAAGAGUUGGCUAAGAAUGGCUUCCACUACCAAGGCAAAGAUAUUUUCUACUCGGGUAUAACUGGCGAACCUUUACAGGCCUACAUCUAUUCUGGUCCGGUGUACUAUCAGAAACUGAAGCACAUGGUGCAAGACAAGAUGCACGCUCGCUCGAGGGGGCCGCGAGCCGUCCUCACCAGGCAGCCGACCGAGGGAAGGAGUCGCGAUGGCGGACUCAGGCUGGGCGAGAUGGAGAGAGACUGUCUCAUUAGUUACGGUGCCAGCAUGAUGCUGGUUGAAAGACUGAUGAUAUCCAGUGAUGCAUUUGAUGUAGAUGUCUGCAACCAGUGUGGCAGGUUGGCUUAUUCUGGCUGGUGCCAUGGCUGCCAGAGUAGUGCUUCAGUAUCAACCAUACGGAUACCAUACGCUUGUAAACUGCUAUUUCAAGAGCUGCAGUCUAUGAAUAUCUCGCCACGCUUAACGUUGAAGAACUAUUGUGAUUAACUACUGUGAAAGGUUACUUGAUAUCUUGAAUCAUAGUUUUAGAUUAAUUGUUGUAAUUGCAGAAUAAAAAUGAUUUUUCAUUA